UCCAGCUGACUAGUGACUAGCCAGCCAAGUCUUCUUCUAUUCGGCUAAGACGGAACCUUCCUCGAAGAUACAUAAAAUAAAACACCUCAAUUGCAUGUCUUAAUUCUCAAUUCUCAAAAUUUCCCUUAUAAAUAUAGGCCAAGACCGUCAAAGGAGUAAUUAAGAGAAAUUGAGUGAAGCAAUCUUGGUUCUACCAAAAAAUGCAUUUGCGAGGCCUUGUAGUAUUGAUUAUAUCUGGUCUCAUAGUUGCUUUCAGCAACUUCUUCAUUUGGUUGAUAGUCACUCUUGUUCGGCAAGCUGCCAAAUGCCUCAGGAAUCAUUUGCCUUGGUGGUUUAGGUGGGAUAUAACACUCUCAACCAUCACCCUUGUUAUCGAGACCACAUCAGCUGCGCUUGAACAAGCCUCUCCGCAUAAAAUGAAAGCAGCAGAAUGUGGAGUAAUUAUGGCCACUGUAUGUCUUAUCCUGCUAUUUGCUGAUCUUGUUUACAAGAGAUAUUCAGACUCAAUGCCUCAUUAUUUGGAUUGCAACUUUGCUGACAUUUUGGGCUUGUUCUCCUCUCUACUCACUUUGAUAUCUGCUUCUAUCCAUUAUAACUAUAUAAGUAAUGGCAAGCAACAGCCAAUACGGUUCUCAAUGAUGCCUCUAGCCUUCUCAGUGUGUGUGUUCUGCUCAUGUGUUUUUCGACGAUCCACUGAUAAGCUUCUGUUUACUAUGAGAUGCAAACACUUGGGUCCCAUGAAUUUGCAGAUAGAGAUGGGAGGAAAGCUAUAUCGUAAGGUGGGACCAACCCAAUUUGGCUGUUCAAUUUGCCAGAUAGGGCAGAUGCAUCCACGAGGCGUCUAGGCCUUAGCAGUACUUGCAGAUGAA